AAUGACGGGUGGUGAUUUUUAUCCACCGGUACAUUUCGCGCACGCGCAAACAGUCCACCUGUUGAAAGCCGCUUUGUAAAAAAAAUAUAAAUCUCACUCUGCUUCAAAAUAGAGUGAUCAUUUUGCCUGGGACAAUAUGCAAGUUGUUCGGAUUUAAAGAAGUGAAUAUAAACACUAUACCGAUAAUGUAUUGGUUUUUAUAUUUCGUCCAUUCAUACCAAGCUUUGUGUGAGGAGCAAGAAUUUCGAGAAAAAUGGGGUUCAAUUUGUGAAUUCCACUGCUAGAAAUGAGCCGUGAAGCUCGAUGGUCUUUGAUGAUCUACAUAAGACAUCGACGAAGAAGGCUAGUGAUUGUACUAACGACUCUUUUAUUCGCCAUUAUUAUUCUAAAGAUACUCUUUACCGAAACCCGAGAUCAACGUGUGGUGGACUUUUUGAGAGACUGGUGCCGAGUGAGGCGAGCAAGAGUGGACUGGGAACAAGUUCUCAAACCUUGCAAAGGACGCACAACGUGGGGCGCAAAGCAUGAUAGGUGGGAUAGCAGUCAGGAGACGGACCCUGGAGCCAGUUACAUACUGUUAUGGGAUAUCCACCCCGCGGGUGAAUUCACAAGAUUUAGUAUCCAGUCCCAAACGACUGCUGGUCGGCCAAAGACGAUAGGAGGGGACUCGUGGCGGGUGCAAAUUAACGGCCCGUCCUCUGUGGCAGGGACAGUAUUUGACCACGCUAAUGGGACCUAUGAGGUAUUGUUACUGGUCACUGUACCGGGGCUCUAUAGUGUGGAUGCGGUGCUAGAGUAUUCCUUGUGUAAUGGCUACACGGACCCGCCUGCUGACUGGUUCAUCAUUGGGUCCGCACAAGGAAAAGGGCAGAAAGAAGGAGUUCUUGGAACUGAAAGGCCGUAUCUGCUGAAGAAACUUUGGGGCGGCCAGCCGAUUACUGUGACCAUACCGCCCGCCCCGGACAACCGGACGCUGUUAUCAGAGAUUAUGUCGCGUUCGGAUCACCACGACUUGAGUUGUGGUAUUCAGUGCAGGUUAUUAUGGGAUGGCUUCGGCACGUGGCACAAUGUCAAUGGCAAAUUACUAUGGAAGCCGUAUGUACCACGUGACGAUAAGCCGUUCAUCUCCCUCCUCUCCGUCCCCGCACGCUUAUACAAAAGCAGUAUACUUUGGAUUUAUGGGGAUUCAGUCUCCGAGCAGUUCUUCUCCGGGAUCAGAAAACACCCCCUGUGCACCCGGGUUUUUCGCUGGUGCGGUCACACCUACAACUGGGUCUACAAGCUCCGAGGUAACUUUUCUAUUUCAAAGUCACAAGAUGACGACAAAGAUUUUGAUGACGUCAGAAUCCUCAACGAGAUAGAUGACGUCAUAAGCCUGGAUAUCUUCGACCGAGACAGCACUAUACUACUUAAUGCAGGGCUCCAUUACUUGGAAAGCACAAACUUCACCAACUACCAGAGGCUGAUAGACGGAAUCGUGCUGCUUUUCAAAAGGGCUAAAGACGAGCCACGUGACCUGAUCCCAGGCGCUUCGCGACCUUUCCCUGGUCACAUGAUCUGGAAGACCACGACUUCGCUGAAUAAGCACAAGCUGGAUGGAAAGCAUUUGCAGUCGCGAAGGUUCUUGACGUCACAGCAGCGCGUCCUGCUUUUUAAUGCGUACGCAUCCAGCGCCAUGUGCCAUGCCGGAUUUGACGUCUUGGAUGUAUACCCGCUGACCGACUCUUAUCCGCUGGGGACAGGCACACCUGAGAGACCAAAGGAUGCCGUACAUUAUGAGCACUUUGUGUUUGAUUCUGUGGAGCGACUUCUCCUGGAUCAUUUCGCCAGGCUGCCGAGAAAGAACUGAGAAAUCAGCACAACGUGUGCCUAAAUCUCAUCAGGGCUGCUAAAGAUGGGACCUAGCUAUGAGCACUUUGUGUUUGCCUCUUUGAUAUUUUUAAAGAUCCUUA